AUGGCUGGAUUAACACCACAACCUCGAUAUAGCUUUGCCAUCGUCCCGGGGGCAUCGCUUCCCUCGCAAUCUUGGUGGCCGGAGCUUCACGCUGUGAUCAACGCCGCUUUUCUCAACAAGAAUUACUCCGUCUUCCCGCCGACCUGGACACGGCUGGACCCAGACCCAGCCAAAGGGGCCGAAGGCUUAUCACGGGAGCUCGGCGAUUACGGACAUAUGGUUAUUGCGUUCUCGGCAUCGAACAGCCCGGUCGCCUGUACCGGUUGGCUGCCCUACAGAGGCGAGAACUGGCUCAGCAAGGUCGACUCUCGAGGCACUUCGAAAGUCGAAGCGGUACCUGUUUCCAUAGACUGGGAGGUAUGCUGCUUCUGCGUGCAUCCGUCUGCGCGUGGGCAAGGUCUUGCUCGCCAGCUCUUGGCCGAGAUGGUCAGCGACAUCAAAUCUAGAGGCGGGACGCGGCUAUUCACAAACUAUGCUGUGGACGAAACCGGCGGUUUCUGGACGAGGCUUGGGUUCGAAGUCCAACCUGGUGCGGGCGGGAUACUAGCCAAAGGGUUCAAGGUCGACCCAGACAGGGAAGGGCUGAGAGCAGACAUUCACUUCAAUAUGGGCAUGCGCACGUUAUGA